GCUGGAAAUGAUUCCAACGUACCUCCCUCUUCCUUCUUAAGAUUUCUCAUUCAAUUUUUCUCGCUCACUCUUUCUCUUUGUUCACUUUCUCUCCUUUCCCCUAUUCUUCCAUCUAUCCGUCUUUCUCACUCAUUGCUUCUUUUUCUGUCUUCUUCCCGUCUCUCUCUCUCUCUCUCUCUCUCUCUCUCUCUCUCUCUCUCACCCUCUAACUCCUCGUCUUAUCUCUCUAACCCUUCUCUCUCUCUUACUCGCUUUCACUCACUCUCUCUCUAUCCCUCUCUCUCUCACUCUUCCUUUGCCUCUCAUUCUUCUAUCUCUAUAUCUUGAUGUAGCAAAGUAACAAAUAACAGAUUCUUCAGUUCGGUACAUUACAUCUCACACAUACAUACACAUCUAUGUGCGUACAUAGACACAUACACACGAACACACACAUAAUAGCUUUCGAUGUAUACAUACACGUAAGUAAACAUAUAUUCAUACAUAUGCUCACAUAGAAUCACCAACAGAGAAGUUCUAUCAUGUAGGGGAGCGAUACUGAAUAGACGGAUCCGUGGAUAGAGAGGCAUAUCAAGGAGGAGCAAGUCGUCGUCGUCGUCGACCACCGAACGCCAUCAUUUCCACACAGCAAACAUUAAGCGGCCAGCUGCUUUACUGCGCACGCGCACCGCAUCCCAUGUGUAAGUGUCGUCUGCUCAGCUCGGCUCACAGUUUCAGAACUUUACCGCCAUCGCAGCAAAGCUGUUGUUUCGCUACGGCGCUUAUAACACGGUCUGUCCUCUCCGUACCGUGAGCACAGCGUUUGCACACUGGAGUCGAUUUGUGUUCGAACAAGCUGAAGAAGGAGAAGACAAGAGGACACCCAGAUUGCAAUGAAUAGCGUGGUGAAUUUGAGAAUGCUGGCCACAGCUUUUUUCCUCAUUGCAUCUGGAAACCCAAUCCAAGACCUUCCUAAAGAAAAUGGAGACGAAGAGAAGUUACGGAAUGCAGAAGAAAGAAUCUUUCGCCACAUUUUAAAGGAAAACCCAGAAUUUGCAACAUAUUAUUCCUUCCAUGAUUAUAACGACAAACUGGAGUCCUUUUCGCUAGAGGCUUUUCAACGUCGAAAGGUAAAUUACGGUGCUCUAACUCCACUCAACUUCCUUGACAAAACCAUUCUUACACAAUCCUGGGUCUACAGAACUGAGUACAUUGAUGAAAAAGAUUUCGAAGAUUAUUUCAAACGGAUGGAUAGCAUUCCACAGAGGAUCGAUGAGCUGAUACAGCUAAUGAAGGCAGCUAUUCGGUUAAACAGGACUUCACAUUUAGCUUCCAUAGAGUAUAUUCCAGCUGCCAGACCAAACGCCGGUCUCUACUCCCUGAAAGACGGUAUUAAAUAUUAUGAGGCGUGCCUCAAAUGGUAUUUUGGCUACAAUAUAACUGCUACUGAAGUAUAUAACCUUGGUAUAAGUGAAACGAAUCGCAUAGCAAAGAAAAUGAAGGAGGUUAUGUCACAGCUGAAUUUCCACGGAGAUUUAAAAGAGUUUUUCAACCACCUUAAAGAUAUUCCAGAAUUUUACAACAUUUCCGAAUCGAAAAUAAUAGAUGAAUACAGGGACAUUAUACAGAAACGAGUGAAUCCAGUUUUAUUCGAUAUAUUCCACCGUGUUCCACUUGAAACGGUCAGGUUUUGCAGCAAAAGGCCGAAUUUGAAUUGCCUGUCAACCCAGUAUGUUUCAUAUAUACACACAUAUACACACACACAUAUAUACACACACAUAUACAUACAAACAACUACGCGCGCGAGUGUGUGUGUGUGUGUGUGUGUGUGUGUGUGUGUGUUACUAAUGUUAUUAAUAUUUAGUGUACAACUUCUGUAUCUUCUGCAGGUCUCUUACAGUGACGCCAACCCAAUACCGAAAUACCGCCGUCUCUACCUCUCUGGAAAAUAUUACGCAGUACCUUUAGCUCUCCCAAACUAUGCGGCAUUUAUGGAGGGUUGGGCAACUUACGCUGAAUUUCUCGGUGAAGAAUUGAAUCUCUAUAAAGACCCCUAUGAAUUAUUUGGACGUCACUGUUCCGAGAUAUUCCGCGCUAUACGAUUGGUAGUUGAUCCUGGGAUCCAUGCGUUCGGAUGGACACGAGAACAGGCAAUCAAUUUUAUAACGAACUACACAGAAUUUCCAAUCCAGCAGGUUGAGAUAGAAGUAGAUCGAUAUAUUACUUGGCCGGGCCAGGCGUGUACAUAUAAAAUUGGAGAAUUGAAAAUUAAAGAAUUAAGAAGUAUAGCUGAGAGAACUUUAGGUGAUUUAUUUAAUAUCAAAGACUUCCACCAUCAAAUUUUAAAAAAUGGUCGAAUAUCGCUGGCUUUAUUGGAAGAAGUCAUCUUAGAAUGGAUCGACAAAGUGAAGCAAUCUGCAGCCGAUCAUUCAGGUGGCGCCAUGGUGCAAAGUGGUUCAGGUGCAAAGUGGUUGAGCAGACGACCAACUUCCACUGUAAUGGCCACCAUCUUCACUAGUGUUUUACUGACGUCAUAUUCACACAUUUACUUUCCACUAAACGUUCUUUGACGAAACUGAAGAAAUAUCAAAACUAAAAAAACCAUUUCGCAUUGAAAUAUUAUUCUAUUUAUUUAAUAAAUCUUUAAUGAAUUAUCACCACUCACCCACAAA